CUACUUCAACCAGAUCCAAUCUCUUGUACAAUUCCAAUCCAGCACAAUGCCUCACAAAGUCAGCGACUCGACCUCCUCUCUGUCCAGCAGUGGCAGCAGCGGGAACGGGGUGGUCGUGACGGACAUGCGAGGUAUGAGUGGAUCUUAUCUCCGUUGCAACCCUUGUCCCAUCGUCCUCAUAAAUUCGAGAACUAACCACAAAUCCCCCGAACUAGGCUCGCAUGCUGGUCCCCGUCGAACCCAAGCUCCCGUCAUUAUCCACAACCAGGGAGGACAAAUCUACGAUGAGACGAGACCUUCCGACUGGGAUAAGCAACGGUGGAAGUGAAAGUAUUCCUUCCUGUG